CAGCGAAGUCGUAAAAAUCUGAUUAUUGGUGCAAUGGAAGAAGCUGGAUCUCAGGAGAUGGGAAUGAAUACCCAGAGUCAGCUGGUGCACAGCAAGUGGAAUGAAUUAUCUGGUACAGCAUUGCAGCAUACGCAGUCCAACUGUGAUGGUAUGGAAGAAGCUGAGUAUAUUGCAAAGAAUAGAAGGCUCCUGGGAUCCGCAUGCUGCUCUCAGGAAUCCCGUGAGGAGACUCCUGGGAGGGAGGAAGCCCGUACUGAUCCACCUGAUGGCCAACAAGAUCCAGAGAGUGAAAAACACAAAGAGAAAACUUUAGGAAAAGAAGUGCUAUUAUUAAUGCAAGCCUUGAACACACUUUCUACUCCAGAAGAAAAGUUGGCAGCUUUGUGCAAAAAGUAUGCUGAUCUGUUGGAGGAGAGCCGAAACGUUCAAAAGCAAAUGAAGAUACUACAGAAGAAACAAGCACAAGUUGUGAAGGAGAAAGUCCACUUACAGAGUGAGCAUAGCAAGGCCAUUCUGGCACGUAGCAAACUGGAAUCUCUCUGCCGGGAGCUUCAGCGUCACAACAAGACGUUAAAGGAAGAAAACACGCAGCAAGCACGCGAAGAAGAAGAAAGACGUAAAGAAGCAACUGCACACUUCCAGAUUACACUGAAUGAAAUUCAAGCUCAACUGGAACAGCAUGAUAUACAUAAUGCCAAGCUCCGUCAGGAAAAUAUUGAACUGGGAGAAAAACUGAAGAAACUCAUUGAGCAAUACGCUUUGCGGGAAGAGCAUAUUGAUAAAGUGUUCAAACAUAAAGAAUUGCAGCAGCAACUUGUGGAUGCCAAACUUCAACAAACUACCCAGCUUAUAAAAGAAGCAGAGGAAAAACAUCAGCGAGAAAGGGAGUUUUUGCUAAAAGAAGCUACUGAGUCCAGGCACAAAUGUGAACAGAUGAAGCAACAGGAAGCCCAGCUGAAACAGCAGCUUUCUCUUUACAUGGAUAAAUUUGAAGAAUUCCAGACCACCAUGGCAAAGAGUAACGAACUCUUUACAACCUUCAGGCAAGAAAUGGAAAAGAUGACUAAGAAGAUUAAGAAACUGGAAAAGGAAACAAUAGUAUGGCGUACAAAAUGGGAAAACAACAACAAGGCUCUUCUGCAAAUGGCCGAAGAGAAAACAGUAAGAGAUAAGGAAUACAAAGGCUUUCAAAUAAAACUGGAGCGUUUGGAGAAGCUGUGCAGGGCUCUUCAGACAGAAAGGAACGAGUUGAAUGAGAAGGUGGAAGUCCUUAAGGAACAGGUUUCUCUCAGAGAGGCAGAUGUGGAUCUAGCUGUGCAGGUGUUGCAGUCCUGCACACUCAGCUCCCAUGAGGAGCUGGGAACUCCCACUGACAUGGAACCGGGAAUCCAGCCUGAUGUUGAAUCAUGUGCAGCAAAUAGUUCUGAAAAGACUGCCUCAACAAGUCCUGUUCCUGGCACUGAAUCUGUUGACUAAAGUGAAGUGUAAACACUGUAUUGAGAGAUAUAUUUUGUGUAUAACUUUCUCUGUUGGUGGUAACUAUUGGUUUUGUGGUGAAAAUUUUCUUACUUUUUCUACCAUAUCUGUAUUUUCUUAGAACUACUGGACUUAUGUGGUACAGGAAGCUGCAUAGCAGCUUUAAAUAGCUUAAACUAUAAAUUUUUCACAACUGUGUUGCACAUCUGCCUCAUUUUUUUAAAAGAAAAUAUUUUUCCAUAAAAGGAUGCAUGUGCAUUUCCUCCCCACAACUCAAAUCACUGUCAUUGAAGACUGUAGAGAUAUAACAUCGUUUCAGGGGACAAUAGUGACAGCGUGUCACUUUCUUGGUUUGAAGAAGAGCAUUUUGUUUUUGUUCAUUGAAUUUCCGCUCAGUAUACUAAUGAUUACCAAUUUCUAUAGCAAAUUUAUUUACAUCAGCAUGUCUAAUGGCCAGUAAAAAUUUCAGUUUUCUCCCCUAGAAUGUUUUCAUAUAUAUGAAUGAAAAGGUAUGGGUCCAGAAUAUAGUGAGAGUUAUGUUAAGGGGUUUUAGUGUACUUUGUAGUAUGAAAAACAGCUUUGGAAUACAUUAAGUUGCAGCUGGUGAAACAGGGUAUACAGCUUGGAGAUUUCUCAGGAUUGUGUUGUAAAGGUUAGUUUAGCCUAUCUGCCCUACCUGUGACAAAUUAAAUAUAAACAUGUGAGUUUUCAGCAACGUUAUGGAGUGGAACUUUGCAGUUGUAUUACACAGAUGUGGGUCACGUUCUUCCCUUUUGGCUGCAGUGUGUCCGUAACAUGGUUAAUUCUGACUAGAGAAAUCCAUUACUGUCUACGCCUUUCUCAGUGUCCUGUCUGAAGGUGUGGAAAAUGGACAUUUGAUGCCUGAGCUGUAGAAGACAUGAGUCUGGCAUGUAGGCUUCUCUAAUAGCCCUAUAUGCAACAUAUUUGAGCAUCAGUUGAGCAUACUCGUUAUAAUUUGGGGAAAAAAUUAUGAAUUUACAUGUUCAAGUACAAUGUGAAAUUUCUCGUGCACUCAACCUUGAAGUUGUACCAGUUGGCCGAGUGCCUUACCAGUUCCUUAAGGUUAUCUGGUAAAGAUGGUACUUCAGACUCUAUUACUAACAUGACACAAGCAAAGUUCCUUUCUUAACACUUAAACCACAUACUCUUUUAAUAGAAAACUUGAUAUCUGUGUUUUGAGUUAUUUUCUGAGAGAAACCAGGACCAACAAUUGUUUUUUUUGUCAAGGCAAUGUGUUAAAUAACCACAAGCUACCCUUAACUCUAGUUCACAUGCAUUUGCUUUCUAGUUUUGGUUGCUGUCAUUUUAAGGAAUAUGAAAAUGUGUAGCCUUUUCUGGUACUUAAUGUUCUUUGCACUUACUUGGGGGGGAAUUUCUGAAUCAAGCACAUCUCUUAAUGAGCUUCCCACCCUCAUCGCCCUUGACAGUUUAGUGGCUAAAUUUACUUGAAUGUUCAGGCUGCACUGAGCUCCUGAUCCUUUUUCUGUUGUAAUGUACAUUGAAAUAAUGUAGCUGUCUCUUAAAGAGAAUAAGGUUAUAUAAGGCCUGAUAAAUGUGUUUUAGCUCAUACCACUGAAGGGAACUGUGUGAAACUGACAUUUCUUAAAUGGUGGAGCAAAUGGGGACCUGGCUGUUUUUUCUCCUAGAUUAGCGCAGUUUGUGUUUGUGGUCCAAGCACAAUGCAAAAACGAAAAGAAGCUAGUAACGAGCAGUCAGUUGAGUUAGGCUCAGAGCUCUGAUGUGUUAAUCACGUUAACCAUGUGGCAUAACUAUGGGAAAGAAGUAUUUCAGACUUGCUCUUCAAAUGACUUGCUUUGUAAAAUCAAACUGUUUAAAAAUGGUUACUGCGAGAACUGGUUUUCGGUAACACUAAGCAUGAAAUAAUUUUCCUGAGGGAAAGUGAAAAACUUUGUAUAUGAUGCAUCAUACCCUUGGCAAGGUAGGACAUGCAGUUUUCUAUUUUUACGAUUGAUUAUUUGAACAUUUGUAUCUUUAACAAUUCUUUCUAUUGUGCUUGUUCUAUAUGGAAGUGAGAGCAAAUUUUGGACCGUGCUGCAAGAAUAUUUUAAAGGGCUCUUAGAGAUGUGACAGAUAUAUAGAACAGCAAUACAAUAUAUUUGUUACUGACUUAAUAUAUAAAUGAAGCAGAGUGCCCCAAGUAAAAGGCUUUUAAAAUGGGGAUAUUUUCUCUCUCCUACCUGUGACAUACCUACAUCAUAUCAACUUUCCAUCUGGCCAAGGUGAGCUAUACUUUGCUUCCUGAAACCAGUCAAUACUGUUUCAUGAAUUGCUUGAAGAGUGUUGUUUUUAAAAAAAAAAAAAAAAAUUAAAAAAUUAAAAAAUAAAAAAUUUAUAUAAGGGACAAGUUUAGCACUCUAACUGAUCUGCCAUACAGCAGGCUAUUGCACUGCCAGUCUGCAGCCAAAUUGGCUCCAGUAGGGUUUUUAGAUAAACUUGUGUUAAUGCCUUUUUCCACUACCAUAAACUGUUUAACCUGGGCUGUUAAUUUACAUAGCCUGAAACAAGUAUGUCUCAUUGUCAAAACUCUGGGGCCUGAUCGAGAGUUUCACCAUGAUUAAGCUGCAAAACUAAAUUAUACAUGAUGUAAGACCCAAAUAUGUGUAUGCAUACACAAGUAAGUUAGGGCUGUAUCUCUCUAAUGUUUUGUCCUUCUCUCAUUACACUUACACCUGGCUACGUUACAGUUCAAUUCUCAGGUGUUGCAGAAAAUCUACCUCUUUGAACUGUAGAUGGAAAUAACUGUGAAAAAAGUGAUGCAGAAAUCUAGUUUGUGCUAAACACACUGCUUUAUUUUUACAACCCAUGUCUGCUUUCAUGAAAAAAAAAAAUGAACAGGCAGUCUUUGUUUUGCUUUUCAGAAACAUUUUGUAGAGAUUUUUCACUAAUGUGAAUCUGAAAUUUUAUCUACUCAAUUCUGUAUAGAUUAAGUAAAUAAGUAUGCUUAAUA